CGUGCCAUCUAGCACGCGGGUCACGUGACACAGAGUGGUUGCGUUCCGUUGGAGAAGGUAAAGGUCUCAGGGACCAGUGGGUCAGAGGAGCAUCCUGGCGCUGUGACCUCGCCCGAGGCCUGGGGUCAAGACAGGCGGGAGGCGUGGCCGGGCCGCGCAUGCUACCCGUGGGUGUGGCCUCGGGCCUUGGUGACGUCAGUGGGACGGACUCACCGCCAGACUGAGCCUGAGGAGGGUGGGCUUCCCACUGGUUGAUUCACUGAUAGACAGGUACCGCGUCAUGGAGACCCUCGCGGCCAUGUCUGCCGAGGGCUUCUUCCCCUCGUUCCUGCUCCUGGCGUGCGGGACGCUGGUGGCCAUCCUGCUAGGCGCUGCUCAGAAACUGGGGCUCUUCUACCAGCUAAUGCACAAGGUGGACAAGACAAGUACCCGGCACGGUGGGGAGAACGUGGCUGCCGUGCUGAGGGCCCAUGGUGUGCGCUUCAUCUUCACACUAGUUGGUGGGCACAUAUCUCCACUGCUAGUGGCCUGUGAGAAGCUAGGCAUCCGUGUGGUGGACACACGCCAUGAGGUCACUGCUGUCUUUGCCGCUGAUGCCGUGGCCCGCCUGACUGGGACAGUGGGCGUGGCAGCUGUGACUGCUGGUCCUGGCCUCACCAACACCGUGACUGCAGUGAAGAAUGCGCAGGUGGCCCAGUCCCCAGUCCUGCUUCUGGGUGGGGCUGCCAGCACCCUGCUGCAGAAACGGGGUGCACUCCAGGCCAUUGAUCAGAUGUCCCUGUUUCGGCCACUCUGCAAGUUCUGUGCUUCUGUUCGGAGGGUACGGGACAUUGUGCCCACGCUGAGGGCCGCAAUAGCUGUCGCCCAGUCAGGCACCCCAGGUCCAGUGUUUGUUGAGCUGCCCCUUGAUGUACUGUACCCCUACUUCAUGGUUGAGAAGGAGAUGGUGCCAACCAAAUUGCCCAAGGGCUUCAUGGGUCAAGUGGUUGUCUGGUACUUAAAGAACUGCCUGACCAACCUCUUUGUUGGGGCUUGGGAACCUCAGCCUGAGGGGCCUCUGCCCCUGAACAUUCCUCAGGCGUCUCCCCAGCAGAUCCAGUGCUGUGUGGAAAUCCUGAGCCGGGCCAAGAGGCCCCUGCUGGUGCUGGGGAGCCAGGCCCUGCUGCCCCCGAUACCUGCUGACAAGCUUAGAGCUGCCAUAGAGACCCUAGGUGUUCCCUGCUUCCUGGGGGGCAUGUCUCGGGGGCUACUGGGCCGGAACCAUCCCCUCCACAUCCGGCAGAACCGCAGUGAUGCCCUGAAGAAAGCAGAUGUUGUUGUCCUGGCAGGAGCUGUAUGUGACUUUCGCCUCUCUUAUGGUCGUGUUCUUAACCGCAAGAGCAAAAUCAUCAUUGUCAAUCGGAACCGAGACGAUAUGUUGCUCAACUCAGACAUCUUCUGGAAGCCCCAGGAGGCCGUGCAGGGAGAUGUGGGCUCCUUCAUGGUGAAGCUGGUAGAAAGCCUUCAGGGCCACACGUGGGCCUCAGACUGGGCUGAGGAGCUGAGGGAAGCUGACUGGCAGAAGGAACAGACCUUUCGGGACAGGGCUUCGAUGCCUGUGUCUCAACACCUGAACCCAGUGUGGGUGUUGCAGCAGGUAGAGGAAACUCUGCCUGACAAUGCACUUCUUGUGGUUGAUGGUGGGGACUUCGUAGCCACUGCUGCCUACCUGGUACAGCCCCGAGGUCCCCUUCGCUGGCUUGAUCCUGGGGCCUUUGGGACUCUGGGAGUUGGUGCAGGGUUUGCACUUGGGGCCAAGCUGUGCCAGCCGGAUGCUGAGGUCUGGUGCCUGUUUGGGGAUGGAGCCUUUGGCUAUAGCCUCAUGGAGUUUGACACGUUCAUCAGACACAAGAUACCACUGAUGGCUUUGGUAGGGAAUGAUGCAGGCUGGACCCAGAUUUCUCGGGAGCAGGUGCCCAGGUUGGGCAGCAACGUGGCCUGUGGUCUGGCUUAUACUGACUAUCACAAGGCAGCCAUGGGCCUGGGGGCCAGGGGCUUGAUGCUCUCACGGGAUAAUGAGGAUCAGGUGGUCCAGGUGUUGCGAGAUGGCCAGCAGCUGUGCCGAGAAGGCCACCCAGUUGUGGUCAACAUCCUGAUUGGGAGGACAGAUUUCCGAGAUGGCUCCAUUUCUGUAUAGGGUCUUGUGGGUCAGUGUGUCUGGCUGACCUGAAGUCCUCACCCUUUCCUACUCUGGGUUUGUCUCAGGGGGUCCAAUAAUUCUACAACUCUUCCUGAGUGGGAGGAGGAGGAACCAAAGUUCAGGGAGGCACUUGGCCAUUCCUAGGGAGUAGGCCAGGCUCAAUGGUGUCCCUUUCCUCCCCUCUUGUAAGACUGAAUAAACCACAUCUGGCUUAUGUGGGCCCAAAGACCCUCGGACUCUCA